AUGUCAACAUCAGAGAACACAACAACUGCUAUCGUUCAUGAAGCCAUAAAUGAAGAAUAUGAGUACAUACAGUAUAACAAACAGUUACGUCUCAUUCGUUCAGUCAAAGACGAUAUGUACCAAAUGCAAAGUAUUUUGACAGCAUGUUUUGCACCCGACACUAAGCUUCCUAAAGACUGGUUUAGGAACCAAAGCACUAUUGAACUAUUAAGCGAAGCACAGCGAGACAUACUUUUUUCUGAAAACAGUGAAGAACAGCGAGUAGGUAAAAAACCCCAGUCGCCUAAAACUCAUGAAAACAGUGAAGAACAGCGAGUAGGUAAAAAACCCCAGUCGCCAAAACUCUAUGAAAAUCGUGAAAAAUUGCCAAACGGUUUGAGAGGAUAUUAUGUACAUAGACUUCUUGUAAAUGCUGUAGCAAUGUGGGCUUCGCCUCGUUAUGCUUGGAAUAUUUACAGACUUCUUGACGAAAUUCAUAGACAAGAACGUGAAGAGCUAGAGAACAAGCUUGAAGCAAAAGACAAAAGCAUUCAGAAAAGAAUACCACGUUCGGUACCAAAAGGAAAGAAAAG